AUGAUCAAGUCGACACUCGCCCUGUGCCUGCUGGCUGCCGUCUGCAGCGCUGCGCCUUUCUGGAAGUCGCGAAGAGUGAGAGCCGACCCCGCCGGCCGUAUAGUGGGCGGCGAGGCGGUGGACAUCACCCAGUACCCGUGGACGGUCGCUGUGGUGUACGGCGGCUCGGACGCCUGCGGCGGCUCCAUCCUCAGCGUCAGAUGGGUGCUGACGGCGGCGCACUGCCUCACCGGCAGCAGCACCUCGUACGGAGCCCGGGUCGGCAGCUCGACGCGCGGCACCGGCGGCAGCGUGUUUGACGCCUACACAGUGAUCUACCACUCCAGCUACAGCGAAGACACGGCGGACUACGACAUCGGUGUUGUCGACAUCUUGGCCGAAAUUCCGUUUAACGACAGAAUCCAGCCUGUGAGCCUAGCGACCUCGGAGCCGGCAGCCGGCACGCUGGUGACCGCCACAGGCUGGGGCGCGCUCUGGUACGACGGGCCGGCCGCCGAACACCUGCAGGCCGUCACAACUUCCAUCGUGGACAGAGCCUCGUGCGCCGCCAGUUACGCAAACCUCGGUCUCGACAUCACGGAGCGCAUGAUCUGCGCCGGCGAUCCAGAGGGCGGCAGGGACGCGUGCUCUGGGGACAGCGGCGGACCCCUGGUGGAGGGGUCCACGCAGUACGGCGUCGUUUCCUGGGGCCACGAAUGCGCUCUGGCCGAUUACCCGGGCGUCUACGCCAACGUCGCUGCUCUGCGCUCCUGGAUCAGCGAAACAACAGGCGUGUAG